GAGGUGGGGCUUCCCCGGGCACGUGACGGCAGCGGUGGCCAAUCGCGGGCGGGGGGCGGGGCUGUGGCCUGGCGGUGCCGCGGAGCCCGGCGGGGUCGGAGCGGCCGCAGCGGCGGAGCGGGGUCAGCGGGGCCGGGGCCGGGCGGAGCGCGCAGGCAGCAGACACGCGGAGCUCACCGGGAACACCCGCCCUUACCGGGACCCGCGGCCCCGCCGCCACCGGGGCGCGACUGGGACCAGGCCGGGACCGACCUGACCCAACCGGGCCUGCCCCGCCCCCUCUCCAUGGGAGCCCUGCACCAGGCCCCACCCCUCUCCUGGAGCCCCGCCCCUUCAUCGCAGGCCUCUCACUUUUACCCUUAGUUCCGCCCCCUUAGGCCACGCCCCUCCCUGCACAGCACCGUUGCUCUUCCCGCCCUUAGCCCCGCCCACCGGUCGUCGCUCCGCCCACUCUGACCAUAGCCCCGCCCCUCCCGCCCUUGGCCCCGCCCCUCCACCCCUUAGCCCCGCCCCGGGCCAUGUCGGACUCGGUGCUGCUGCUGCGGCGGGUCCGGGAGCGCAGCGCCGGGGCGGGGGAGGCGGCACCGGCCGGUCCCGUGGGGGGGCCCGGGCUGGUCCCAUCGCCCCGGCGCAAGCGGGGCCGUCGCCGCCGGUUCUACCCGGAGCACCGGGUGUACCGGGCGCGCUGCUCCUUCCUGGACCUGAGCGAGGAGCAGGUGCUGCGGCGGUACCGGCUGGACAAAGCCGCCAUCGCCGGGCUGUGCCGGGAGCUGGGCGCCGACCUGGAGAGCCUGACGGGCCGCAGCCACGCGCUGCCGGUGGCCGUCAAGGUGACGUCCGCCCUCACCUUCCUGGCAUCCGGCUCCUUCCAGACAGCCACACGCGACAGCACCGGCAUCAGCCAGUCGGCCAUGUCCAACUGCCUGGCGCAGUUCCUGGAGGCCCUGCAGCGGCGAGCGGCGCGGUACAUCACCUUCCCGACACCGGUGCACCCCGGCACGGCCGCCGGCGCCUUCCCCGGGGUGCUGGGCCUGGUGGGCAGCAUGCACGUGGCGCUGCGGGCACCCUCCGAGAACGAGCCCGCGUACCGCAACGCCGGCAACUACCACUCCAUGAACAUGCAGGUGGUGUGCGACGCCGCCGGCACCAUCACCAACGUUGUGGCCAAAUUCCCCGGUUCUUGCCCCAACGCCGCCGUCCUGGAGAAUUCGGCCUUGGCUCGGCUGCUGGAGGGGGCUCGGCCCGACGGCGCCUGGCUGCUGGGUGACCGGAGCUACCCGCUGAAGCCGUGGCUGAUGACACCGAUCGCGGCGCCGCGGGGCGCGGCCGAGGAGCGCUACAACGCGCUGCACCACCAGGCGCUGGCGGCGCUGCGCCGGACGCUGGCGCUGCUGCGGCUGCGGUUCCGCUGCCUGGACAAGGGCAGGGGGUGUCUGCAAUACGCCCCCCAGAAAGUCUGUCAGAUCUUUUUAGCUUGUUGUAUCCUGCACAACAUCGCCCUGCGCAGACACAUGCCCCUGGAGCUGCCCGAGGGGAGCCCCCUCCCCGAAACCGAGCCCGAGCUCCCGCUGCCAGCGCCCCCCGGGCACAUCUCCAGCGAGGCCCGGGCCGUGCGGGCCCGCAUCGUGCAGCAGGUCAAGGACGGGCUCGGCUGAGACCCCCCACAAGACUGGGGGGGGCUCUGUCCCUCUUGGGGACACCUGACCCUGGCUUUGUGUUGGCCACUGGUUUUGGGGGACAUGAGAGUGGGGGACAGCCCCAGCCCCUGCAUGGGGGCGUCCCCGUUCCUUACAAGGAUGGGGGUCCCCCUAUUUGCUACGAGGGGUGUGUCCCCAUUCCCUAAAAGGAUGAAGAGGGGGGGUCCCCUUUCUUCCCCUUUGCUGUGGGGAGGGUCCCCCCCCCCUUCCCAGCGAGAAGGGAGUCCCCAUUCCCUACAACAUGGGGCUCCCUUUGUUUGCUAUGAGGGGGGAUCCCCAUUCCCUACAAGAAGGGGGUCCCCCUGUUUGCUGUGAGGGGGGUCUUUUGUCCCCUACAAAGACAAAGAGGGGGGUCCCUGUCCCUCCAGGAGCUGCUGUGCCCCCCGUUCAGCACUGACCCCUCCUUACCCCCCAAUUUCACGCUCGUUUCGGGGUGAAUAAACAUAUUUUUUCAGCA